ACCCAAAUCCGUUUGAAGGACUGUCAUUGCAUUGUUAUGACACAUGCUGUAAAAACGUGUUGGCAAUGUGAAUAAGUUAACACUGUUGGUUAUUCAAAUAUAAUGAAUCAUUAUUUGAUUAAUAAUAUCCAAAUAACACUAUCAUAUACAAUAUGGUAGGAGGGUUAAACUCGCUAGCCAAAGGAUAGGCUACAAAAUGAAUGAACCACUUUGUAUGCAGGAAAGACAGCAUCAAACCACUACAGAUGGAUGGCAGGUUGAGGAAACAGCAUCAGGGCUUCAGAAAUGGAGCCAAACAUCCACCAAAUUGAACUAUCUCCUAUCCAACUCCAGGAUUAUCUCGUAGCCAACCCAAGGCGCUGCUUGAUCAAGUCCUGGAUUAAGGAGAAUAUCAAAAAGAAGGAGUGCUGCUUCUACGUGCAGACUGAGAGAGAGGGCUUUUGCAAAUGUGGCUACCCCAAAGACCACCAUGUGGUGGCGACCAUCGUGCCAGAGAGGUUUCUGGGACAGUCCUGGGAGGGAGAGAAGCACAUGCGCGAGGUUCCCACCGACGCCUUUGGGGAUAUCGACUUCGGAGGCCUCGGCCUAAACAAGGCCAAGUAUGUACGCGUCUCCUCAGACACCCCCUCCCAUGUUUUGUACCACCUGAUUACGAAAUACUGGAAGCUCCGCCCCCCGAACCUGCUCAUCUCAGUCACAGGUGGGGCCAAGAACUUCUACAUGAGGACACACCUGAAGCAGAAGUUCCGUAGAGGACUCAUCAAAGUCGCCCAGAGCACAGGUGCCUGGAUCAUCACUGGGGGCACCCACACUGGGGUGAUGAAGCAUGUGGGGAUGGCCGUGCGUGACUACACCCUCAAUAGCAGCUCUGCCCGGGGGGAGAUCGUGGCCAUCGGGGUGGCCCCCUGGGGAACCGUACACAAACGCCAGUCCCUCGUACACCCUGAGGGCUGUUUCCCUGCCCACUACACAGUGGACGAACAGAGCAAGGGCCGGCUCUCCUGCCUGGACAGCAACCACUCGCACUUCCUGCUGGUGGACGACGGCACGCAUGGCCACUACGGCGUGGAGAUCGACCUGCGCAGCCGCCUGGAGAAGUUCAUCGCAGAGCAGCCCCUGGGAAACCGACUCAGGCAAAAUCAAAAAAGUCAUUUGAAGAUCCCUGCUGUGUGCAUGUUAUUGAAUGGAGGACAGGACGAUCUGAAUACCAUCUACAGUGCCAUGCUGAGCGGCACCCCGUGUGUGGUUCUGGAGGGCUCGGGUCGGAUGGCAGACGUGAUCGCUAACGUGGCCGGGAAGCCCGUAUCACAGGUCACCCUGGCUCUGAUCCAGAGGCACAUGAAAAGGUUCUUUGGACAGGAGUACAAUGACUUCUCUGACAUCAAAUGGGCUAAAAAGAUCCAGGACAUCAUCAGGAUGCCACAUCUCCUGACCGUGUUCCACGUGGAUGAGGACAAGAACAGCGAUAUGGACGUAGCCAUUCUCCAGGCCUACCUGAAAGCGUCCAGGAGUGAGGAGAACGCAGGGCAGAGGGGCUUGGAGAGGGAGCUGGAGCUGGCCGUGGCCUGGAACCGUGUGGACAUUGCUGAGAGCGAAAUCUUGACAGAGGAGAGCCAGUGGCAGUCGGGCGACCUGCACAAGGCCAUGUUCUCGGCCCUGGUGGGCCACAAGUCGGAGUUUGUGCGGCUGCUGCUGGAGAAUGGCGUCAGCAUCCCCCAGUUCCUGUCUGGGGACAAGAUGCUGCUCAAGCUCUACAACGCUAUGCCCAGCUGCCUCUUCCGGCGCAAGCUGGUCAAGCAGAUGCAGGGCGACAAGGGCGGGCGGAGGCAGGUGUCUCUGGCAGCGGUGGCUGAGGUGGUGCGCCAGCUACUAGGCAGCUUCACCCAGCCCAUUUACUCUCCCUCGCACGAGUUCAUCAAGAUGGUCGACGACAACCCUGUGAUUAGAGACCCUGGGAGAGACUUCUUCCUGUGGGCCGUUCUGCAGAAUAACAGAGAGCUGGCCCAGAUUGCCUGGGAACAGUGUAGAGACAGCACGGCUGCUGCUUUGGCAGCCAGCAAAAUUCUGAAAAAGCUGGCACAGGAGUCUGAGAAUGAUGACGAAGAUGAUGCCAAUGACUUGAGACAACUUGCCAACCACUAUGAGAGACAGGCCAUUGGUGUGUUCAGUCAGUGCCAUAGCAAAGAUGACCAGCAGCUACUCCAGAGACUUCUGAUCCGAAUUUCACCAUCCUGGGGCAAAACCACAUGUCUUCAAUUGGCAGUGGAGGCGGAAGACAAGAGCUUUGUGGCACAUUCAGGGGUUCAGGCUUAUCUCACCCAGAUCUGGUGUGGAGAGCUGGCUCUGGACACCCCUCAGUGGAAGAUAUUUCUCUGCAUGCUGUUCUUUCCACUCAUCUACACAGGCUUCAUAACCUAUAGAUGUGACGAGGACAUUAAAAAGGAGGCCAUGAGGAAGGAGAUGUUGGCAAUGGAGUCUGAGACAGGAAGUUGGACCGAUAUCAGCGAUCCUCAGGACAGUGACGAGCUGAAGCCGCUGAGCUGCCGAGCCAGACUGGGGAGCUUCUACGCAGCCCCACAGGUGAAGUUCUUGUGGAACCUCGCCUCCUACUUUGGGUUCCUGUUCCUCUUCUCUUUUGUGCUGAUGGUCGACUUCCAGCCCACGCCGUCACUGAGUGAGUGGCUGCUCUACGUCUGGGUUACCUCUUUAGUGUUUGAGGAGGUCAGACAGCUUUUUGAUGAUCCGGAUGGAUUUGAGUUCCGAAGGAAAUCCAAGAUGUAUAUUAUUGACAUGGUUUCCUUCCUGCUCUUCAUCGCUGGUCUUGCCUGCAGAUGGAUCAGCAGUACAUUUUACAUGGGAAAGGUCAUCCUCUGCAUCGACUUCAUUUUUUUCUUUCUGCGACUGAUUGGCAUCUUUACCAUCAGCAAAGUCCUGGGCCCAAAAAUCCUCAUUAUCAAAAGGAUGAUGGUGGACCUGUUCCUCUUCAUGUCCCUGCUCAGUAUCUGGGUGGUCGCCUACGGGGUGGCUAACCAGGGCAUUCAGAUUCACAACGAGAAGAGACUGCACUGGAUAAUCAGAGGAGCUGUGUAUGAUCCCUACCUCCUCAUAUUCGGCAAUGUCCCAACCGACAUCGACAGUGCUGAGUUUGACAUAUCCACAUGCACUGUGAAUGGCACCGACCCCCUGCUACCAAAAUGCCCUGUGCUCAAUGCCAAUCAAAUGCCAGGCUAUCCCGAGUGGCUGACCACCAUCUUGCUGUCUGUUUACCUUCUCCUUGCCAACCUUAUGCUCAUCAACGUCCGCAUUGCCAUCUUCAACCAAGCAUUUCAUGCGGUGCAGGAAAACAGCGACACAUUCUGGAAGUUCCAGAGGUACGAGCUGAUUAAGGAGUUCCACAGUCGCCCGGCUCCGCCCCCUCCCUUCAUCCUCCUCAGCCACCUCUACCUCCUGCUCAGGCGCUUCAUUAUGUGCUGCCACCCGCAGGGGAGGAAGCAGUUGUCUGAAACUGAGGAGGAGGAUUUGAUGUCAAGGGAGGGUUUCAUGAAGGAUAAGUACUUGGCCACCCAGCGUCCGGAGAGGAGUGAGAGCAUGGAACACCGCAUGGUUCAGCUGGAGGAACAGGUCUCCCAGUCCGCUAAAGCACUGCAAUGGAUGAUAUACACCCUAAAAGCCCAAGGUUACCAAUCUAAAGAGGAGCCGCCUUCUAUGUCUAGGAGCACAGAGAGUAAAAGAGAUGAGGAUGAGAUUGACGGCGAUCCAGAGAGGAGACAGUACCACUUCCACGCCCAAAGGUCCUUGUGCAGGGGCGCAGGAGAUAUUUUCAAAGUGAAAGGGACCAAAUUGUGAGCAAAAACCCAGAUAGUGAAAUCCGGCCUCCAGAUAUAGGACCACCACCUCUGACCCACUGUCGACUAUCAUAAUAUUCUGUCAGAAUAUUAAGAUAAUAACAUUAAUUGUUUUCAAAAUAUGUUUUCAUCAAAAUUGUCAAAACUGGAGGAUGGGCAGAUUGCUGGCCUAUCAUCUAGUGCAGUGGUUCUUAACUGGUCUAGCUUUGGGACAAGUUAAAAAACGUAUAACAUCGCUUAGAGCACCUUUAAGAAACACUGAUCUAGUGGGCAUCCAAGACCACUGGCCUGCCAUUUAGUGGUAUUUGAUUCCCAGUACAUGCUUGAAAAUAUGACUUGGACACAUUAUCAUUUUUCAUAUUAUGAUAACAGUUUUCUUUUUCCAGCGAUACACCAUUGAGGUUAAUGGUGUGCAAAUAACCGCUGUAAAUGGUUCUAGUAUUGAUAGAGAUUCUGAGAUAUCUUGGUAUAUGGCUGGAUGACAAACUCACAUUUAAUUACCAUAUAGCCAUCCUAGUAAAAAAAACUGAGACAAAAAAUUGGUUUCUUCUACAGAAACAAAGCCAACCUCCCUAUGGAAUGUAGGAAACAAGUUGUUGAAGCAGUUUUAAUGUUCUAUAGUGAUGUGAUGUAAAUGCUAAUGCUUGCACACUUAAAGCCCAGGACUCAGUCUACCACUCUGCCCUGAGGUUCAUAUAUGUGACCUGACAGACAGGAACAUCAGGAUGUAUAGAAAGAUGUACAGUGGUGAACAGCUCUGACCAAGGGGUGUUUUAUGGUAUACUGGUCAUUUUUCAUUAGCACAACGCUGUAAAA